GAAAUAGUGUUUACCAAUAUUAAAUCAAAAUACAAUUUUCUACUUUUGUUUCCGCGGAAGGGUCUCUUUAUCUGUCUCUGUUGCUCCCUUUGAAGCGAAAGCUUUGAGUCCCAUUCUUUUGAAUUUUGGUUCCGCGAUCUUAAGUUUCAUCUUCAGGGUGGUUGUGCUUCUGGGAACCUUUCAAAAUCUCUGCUUUCUUUGAUUUUCAGUUGAAUUGAGUGGCACUCUUGUGCGUUCAAUUGAGUGCUUCAGCUUCCUGAUUUGCCACCACUGUGCUGUUAAUGAGAAUACCAGAACUUUUGACUUGACUAGUCAACAGCCAGGGCAAAGGACAAGCAUUCAGUAGAUAUAGUGAGCCUUUGGAAAUGGGCUGUGUGGUGUCAACUCCAAAGGACUCUGGUGGAAAUAGAAGGAGGCCAGGGAGUAUUGGUGAAGUUUCAGUGUAUGUUCCUGGUUUGAGGAUUCCUAAGCCUGUUGAUUUUGCUCAAUCACUUGGUGAUUAUUUGUCCAAGAAUAUAGUGGAACGCCUGUCUGCUCUUAGAACACGUAUUGUUGUAAUGGCUGGUCAAGAAGGUCCUACAAUUACAAGAACAAAAAGAAAAACUCAGCAUGGAGGUUCAACACUUGCUGAUCUUGUGCAGGCUCUUGAAGAUUACUUGCCUGUUCUUCUGGGAUUAGUUAAAGAUGGAAGCCAUUUACAGUACAAAGUACAAUUUGUUUGGGUGAAUCAAGAGGAUGACAAAGAGGAAACAACCAUGUCUAAUGCUUGGUACGAGGUGUUGUCAGUUUUACAUUUGAUGGCAAUGCUAUCACUAUCACAGGCUAACUUGUUACUGCUUCCAAGAUCAUCAUCCAAUGAUGGUCAUCAGCCCAAAGUAUCAGAAGAAAACAGACGAGCCUCGGUUGAUAUCUUCUUAAAAGCGGCUGGGUAUCUGGAUUGUGCAGUUAGACAUGUUCUUCCACAGUUACCUGCAGAACUCAGGAGAAAUUUACCCGUAGACCUAGCAGAAGGAGUUCUGCGAGCACUCUCUCUACAAGCAUUAGGACAGGGUGUAGAUAUACAACUUGGAAUGGCCAUUGAUAGCACCAAAGCCACACUUGCAGUGAAGCGCAGGCUUGCAUGUGAGAUGGUGAAAUGUUGGCAACAGGCUCAAGAUAACAUUAUGAAUCUUCCAUUAACAAAUGGUUGGGGUGAAAAACAUUGUCUCUUUGUGAAAUGGAAAUAUGUUGAAGCAAAGGCUGCAGCAUAUUAUUAUCAUGGUUUGAUUCUUGAUGAGGGAAAUACAGAAAAAUCUCAUGGAAUGGCUGUAGCUGCUUUACAAGCAGCAGAUGAGUAUUUCAAAGAAAGUAAGAAGUUGUGUGAGGCAUUCAACGCAGCGUCUCCAUUGUCAAGAAAUCCACCCCCUUGGGGGACCAUGAAGUAUCUCUCUGAGAAAAUUCCAAAGGAUACUUCAAGCAAGGUUCGGAUAAACCGAGAUCUGUACUCUCAUGAAAGGAUCAUGGAGACAGCACCAACGUUGCCUGAUUUUUCCUUGGCCUUGAAACCAGAUGAAUAUCAACUUCCUCAAGUGGACUCAUCAUGGAGAACAGAGAACAUUAAAGUGGGACAAACCGAUCCUAACCAUCUCAAAGGGUGACAAGUGACAAGAUACAAUGAAUUUGCAUACCUCAGAAAUGUUGGUCUACUUGAAAAAUGUCACCAGCCAAAGGGUGUUUUUCCAAUUCUUGUUAAUAGAAAAAACAGAUUAGUUUAUUUGAGUUUUUUUUCUUCUUCUAACUUCUGCAUUCCCUUUUUCAUUUUAUAUAUUAAUUUCCUCCUUUCGUCCAUAAUAUUUGAAAGAUGCCCUACAACUAGAGGUGCAAUGUAAAUUGUCCUCUGAGGGAAAAGCAAGUGUCUCUUUGCCUAUACCUGAAUAAUAAUAACAUUGCUAUUUCAUUUCAUUGUAAAGGAGUCGUGUGUAAAAUUGACUUUUGCA